AUGGAUGCCACUGCCCAAGUUCUGAUGCUAAGAAGAUGCGAGGACCGUUUAUUCACUGCUCGUCUCCCCGCGAACUUGCAGCAGACGGACUUACUCGUCGUUAGCGAAUGCAUGCCCCUCCUCGAUGCCCCCAGAGCCUUGAAGGCCUUCCAAGGCCUGGUGCGACCCGGUAGAGCUGCAACCAUCUACUUCUACAGACACCAUAUCCUCUCAGACCCGGUAUGCAAUUGUAUGGUGACACGCAUCUGCCGAUUCCUGCUUCCUGAGACACCCCCGGUAAGCCCUUCCAUCAACGCGGAGCUGAAGGUCUCUCCCGAGGGGUUCGACUUUGAAUUUCACACCAUCAAUCACCGCGCAGAGGGCGAAAUCGCCCACGACGUCGUGGAUUGGGAAUUCUGGGCACACAUGUGGCACGCUGACGACGUCAAGGCCUACGGUGUACCCGCACUACCGGGACCAAGCCGGCGAAAGCUAUGCGGAGAUUGA